AUGGAGGCGGUAAAGGUAACUAAUCAAGGGUCUGCAACUCAUGACAGUGUUGCUAUUAGAUCUGAUCACAAGAGUUAUAGUUACAAUCAACUAAUCUCUUUUGCAUCAAGUAUAUCUGGCUUGUUAUCUAGUCGUCACUUGAAUGCAACUUCUGAAGCAAUUAAGCAUGAAUCUCCUUCAGCAGCAAUUGAUUGUGGAAGAGGACAAGGGCAUCUUGGAGGGGCUAGAAUAGGAAUUGUGGCUAAGCCUUCAGCUGAAUUUGUUGCUGGUAUACUUGGGACCUGGCUGAGUGGAGGUGUUGCGGUUCCACUUGCUCUCAGCUAUCCUGAAGCUGAGCUCUUGCAUGUGAUGAAUGAUUCAGAUGUCUCCAUGAUUCUGAGUACUGAAGAUCAUCAACAACUUAUGGAAAAUGUUGCUGCUAAAUGUGCUGCUCAAGUUUCUCUUAUUCCACCUAUUCCUAGUAGUUCUUCAGAAAAAAGUGCAAAUGGUAAUUUACAAGCUGGAGAAAUAGACGCAGAUAGAAUUUUUCAUCGGAAUAAAAAGCAAUCAAGUGAGGAUCCUGCAUUAAUUAUAUACACUAGUGGCACAACAGGAAAACCUAAAGGAGUUGUGCACACGCACAAAAGCAUCAGUGCACAGGUUCCACGGCUUUCACCAUUGUUUUUCCCUAGAAUGGCUUUGUUUGGCUGCAUGAGUCUUGCUCAGCUACUUAUUGUUGAGUUUAUGCCAAAAUUUAGCGUGAGGGGUAUUUGGCAGAGAUGGCGUGAAUCAUAUCCAAUAAAUGGAACUAAGGCAGCUGAUGGUAUAACUGUGUUUACAGGAGUUCCAACCAUGUAUACUCGAUUGAUACAAGCUCAUGAAGCAAUGGAUCCAGAGCUAAAAGCUGCCUCUGCCUAUGCUGCAAGACAGUUGCGUCUUAUGAUGUGCGGUUCCUCUGCACUCCCUCAACCUGUAAUGCAUAAAUGGGAAUCCAUCACAGGACAUCGUCUUUUGGAACGAUAUGGCAUGACAGAGUUUGUCAUGGCAAUAUCAAACCCCUUAAGAGGUGAGCGGAAGGCAGGCACGGUUGGAAAACCAUUUCCAGGUGUGGAGGUAAGGAUUGUGGCAGAAGAUGACAGUGGAAGUGAUAGUAUAGGCGUGGGUGAGCUUUGUGUCAGAAGCCCUUCAGUAUUCAAGGAAUAUUGGAAACUUCCUGAGGUAACCAAGGAAUCAUUUACAAGUGAUGGGUUCUUCAGAACUGGAGAUGCUGGUACAGUGGACGAAGAUGGGUACUACAUCAUAUUGGGACGUACUAGUGCUGAUAUUAUGAAGGUUGGUGGAUACAAGUUAUCUGCAUUAGAAAUCGAAUCAGUUCUUUUACAGCACCCGGCUGUGGAGGAGUGUUGUGUGUUGGGCUUGCCAGACGAAAACUAUGGAGAAAUUGUUUGUGCAAUAAUUGUGCCAGAGGUUGAAGCGAAAAGGAAACAAAAGGAAGAACUGAGACCUGCUAUAAGCUUGGAGGAUCUAUCUGCUUGGGCGAAAGACAAACUUGCACCAUACAAGAUACCGACACGACUGCUUCUGUGGGAUUCACUACCUCGGAAUGCGAUGGGAAAGGCAAAAAGAAAGGAAUUAAGAAGCUAUGGCACACACAACAUGAAGUUUUGGAAACUAAAGUUCGAAUUCAACGUAGGAAGUAUCCUUGUCAUGCGGUUGUGGAACGUGACUCGUGAAUGUCUGGUAGGGUAG